UACACACAGAGCAGUGAAAGAAGAAGAAAAGCUGAAAAAAUACCCAAUUAAAAAACAAAAAUAAAUAAAUUUCACACAACUAUGGAUUCAGGUGGGAAUAAUCGUUAUGAACUUUUGUUCAUGGACGAAGAUAUUAGUGAUCCAUUAGAUAAUAUUGUUGCCAAGAAGAAAAAGCAGGUUAAGACUGCUGCUGCUACGGCAACAACGGGUGCUGGAGGAGCUGCUGCUGGUGCCGCCAAGACAACGAACAAAGGCGCCCAACAACAGGCCCCCAAAAAGACCAACAAUCAGGCCGAAAAGGAAAAUAAGCCAUUGAACAGGAACGACAAUAAGAAGCCAGGUGCCCCCGGUGGUGCUGUCGCUAAACAAGGUGGGGCUGGCGCUGCGGCUGGUGGCGCGAAUCGCAAACGCAACGGUGAGGCUGGUGGCCCAGUAGCACGUGAAGGUGGUCAAGGGCAACAACAGCAACGCAAUGUCAAUUUCAGACAACAAAAUGGUGAAACACGUGAACAACGCAAUAAUCGUCGUAAUGCUCGCCAAGGCGGUGACAAUGCCGUUGAAGGUGGCCAACAAUUUAACAAUCGUGGUGAUCGUCCACCACGCGAUCGUGCCCCACGCAAUCGUAACUUUGAGGGUGGCAAUCGUAAGCGGGAAUUUGAUCGUCAAUCUGGCUCGGAUAGAACUGGUGUUAAAGCUGUUGAUAAACGUGAUGGCGCUGGCGCACACAACUGGGGUUCCGUUAAGGAUACCAUCGAUGAUGUCAACAAGAGUACCAACUCCGAAGAGAAUGGCAACAUUAGCGGUGCUGAAAAGGACAAUGAAUCGGGCAAUGAACAAGCGGCUGAGCAGACACCCGUCGAGGAGGAGGUUAAGGAAUUGACAUUGGACGAAUGGAAGGCCCAGCAACAGCAACGUGCCAAGCCACAAUUCAAUAUUCGUAAGGCUGGUGAAGGCGAAGACACCACCAAAUGGAAGAAAAUGGUCGUUUUGAACAGUGCCAAGGUUGCCGGCAAAAAGGGUGGCAAUGAAAGCGAAGAAGAAUUGGAAUAUGACCCUGCCAUGUAUCCCCAACGCGUUGGCAGGCAACAACGCGUCUUGGACAUUCAAUUCAAUUUCAAUGAUGGCCGCCGUUUGGGUGGUUUCGGUGGCCGUGGACGCGGUGGUCGUGGUGGUCCACGCAACAAUAAUGCCGGUGGUGGUGAUUCAGCUGCCCCUGCUGGCGGCCGACCCCGUUUCGAGGGUGGCAAUCGUGCUGCUGGCGGUAAUGCUGGCGGUCGUGGUGGUGCUGGCGGUAAACGUCAAUUUGGUGGUGGUGACAAACAGAAUGCCGCUCCCAAAGUUAAUGAUGAACGUCAAUUCCCCACAUUGUCCUAAAUUUUCAAAUUCCCGCCUCGUUUCCUCCCU